CUCGCUCAUAUUCUGACCUACGCAUUCUCAGACCCACUCGUACUCAGACUCUCCCAUACCUAGACUAGCUCACACUCGCACUCAACCAUACGCAACCCCGUUUAUAAAUCAAGCUGGUUUAUAUCCUAUGUAUUAUUAUAUGUACAAUAUUGAUAUCGAGGCUAAUUCUAGUUCUAGACUAGGCACACCACCCACGAGCUGCAGGCCGGCGCCAGGCAGGCCUGGCGCAACUCCGCGAAGUGCCCUGGCCGAAUCGCGUGGGACACGCUGGUCAUCCGCGAUUGCAGGCACGUGACCUGCGCAAAGCAGGUCUUCGAGGAGUGCGAGCAGCACCUGAAGGUCGCUGCUGGAGGAGGCAUCUUGCAGUCCACGAUGACCAUCUUCGCGCCCAAGCAGCCGCACGAGCAGUGGGGCAUCCGCUUCUGGAACCAUCAGUUCUGUAGGUACGCCGGCUACGCGCAGGAGGAUGGCAGUGUCCUGGGCGACCCCGCCAACGUCAAGUUCACGGAGAUGGCGAUAAAGACGUUUGGGUGGAAGCCGCCGACGAAGCGGACAAAGUUCGACCCCCUGCCGCAGAUUGUGCAGCUCCCGGGCCAGGACCCACAGAUGUGCGAGCUCCCGCGCGAGCUCUUCUGCGAGAUCUCCAUCACGCACCCGGAGCACCCCAAGCUCGCGAAGUUGGGUCUGAAGUGGACCGCCAUCCCCACAAUCAACAACUUGACCAUGCGGAUCGGCGGGGUGGACUACCCCUGCUGCCCCUUCAACGGCUGGUUCGUCGACUUGGAAAUCGCCCGGAACCUGGUUGAGCGCUACGGCGUGGGCCCGGAGGUCGCCAAGAUUUGCGGCUUCGACACCCGCUCGAACUCUUCUGGCUGGCGCGCCAUGGUUCUGCAGACGAUGAGCGCCGCGGUGACCCACUCGUUCCAGAAGUCGCGGUUCAGCAUCGUGGACCAUUACACUUGCUCCCAGCAGUUCUUGGCCCACGUGGACAGGGAGAAGCAGUGCGGGCGAGAGGUGCCCGCGCAGUGGAGCUGGAUCGGAGGCUUCUUCGGCAUGCAUUGCCCGGCGUGGCAUUACGAGAUGCGCGACUUCUACCUCCGCCCGCAGUUCCAAUACCAUUGCGACAGGUGGGUUGUGGAAGACGCGUCGGGCCUGGAGGGUUUCAAACUGACCGAGAGCCACAAAUCUCUCCAGGAACGCCCCCUCCAGGACGACCCCCGCAAGGUUUUGAUUCUUUACGCCAGCACCACCGGCACCGCAGAGCAGUUUGCCAGAGACAUGGCCAAGGAGCUCGGCUUGGCCUACGGGCCGCGGGUGAUGGAGUUAAACUCCCUGUGCGAGAAGACGGUCCAGAGGUUCACCCACAUCGUCUGCUUCAUCGCCACCUUCAACGACGGCGCCGCACCGCAGAACGGCUCCGCCUUCCCGGGCGCCCUGCCUUUCCCGCUGGUGAGCAAGAAGACCGGGCAGCCAAUCAGGUACGCAGUGAUGGCGUUGGGCAGCACCACGUACCCCGGCUUCUGCGCGUUUGGCAAGAAGGUGAGCAAGACGCUGGAGGCAGCGGGGGCCGCGCGUUUCGUCCCAACGGUGCUGGCGGACGCGCGCAAGGACCAAGCGGCGGAUUUCCAGGAGUUCCUGCGCGCGCUUCGCUUCGAGCUAGAGCCGCGCCAAGCGCUGGCGGGCACGGUCGAGUCCUGCAUCGCCGUCAGGCUGGGGGAGCCAAGCGUUGGCAUUGCGGAGGCCUCUGAGCCCAGCGAGGUGAAGGCCCACAAGCGGGCGGAGGUGGUGGAGUCCACGCCGCUGCUGGCAAACACUUCGGAAUGGCGGUCCACGCGGCGCAUCCGCAUCGACAUCUCGCGCUGCGAUGGUAUGAGCUAUCGCACCGGCGGUCACCUCAGCGUCCUGCCCCGUAACCCGCACGACGAGAUCGCGAGGCUCGCGCUGGAGCUGGGCAUCGAAGAGGAGAGGCUGCACGCGAGGCUCGAGGCCAUCAUGGUGGAGGGGGAGGAUCAGUAUCCCGCCGAGCUGGGGUUCCAGCCUACGACGCUGUACGACGCGCUGCAGUGGCACCUGGACAUCACUGUCCGUCCGGCAAGCCUGCCGCGCAUUCUGGGCAUGGUGCGGGACGCCGGCGGCAUGACCGCAGAGGAGCACCAGGAGCUAUUGCAGCAGGACGGCGAGAAGGUUGCGGAGCAGUUCUGGUGGUUGUCAAGCCUCCUACGCGCCUUCCCACGGGCGAAGGGCAAGAUCACGCUCGGCGCCCUCUUCGGCGCGCUGCCCUUGCAGUUCCCGAGGCUCUAUUCCAUCGCGAGCAGCAGCGUGGUCAGCCCCAGCGUGGUCGAGCUUUGCGUGGGCCUCGUCUACGUUGGCAGCAACCGCGGGCUGGCCUCGGGCUAUCUACACUCGCUGCAGGUGGGCAGCCCUGUGUGGGUGUCCGCGCUCGCCUCGUCAUUCGACCUGCCAGAGUCGCCAGAGGCGCCUGUGAUCAUGGUCGGCGCCGGGACGGGCGUCGCGCCCUUCGCCGGCUUUGUCCGGGAGCGCAUUCACCAUCUGCAGAAGGGCGGGGCCGGGCAGUGCGGCGAGGCCCAGCUCUUGGCCGGCCAUCGGUGCCGCGCGGAGAUCCUGUACGCCGGCCUGUUCAAGGAGAGGCACUCGACGCGUCGGCGCUGACGACGUACGACGUGUCCCUGUCCAGGGAGCCGGCCGUGGAGAAGCGCGUAGUCACCGACGGGCUCCGCCAGUCGGCGCAGGAGGUGUGGGAGCUGAUCCAGAGGCCCGAUUGCCACUACUACGUCUGCGGCGGCAGGCGCAUGGCCGACGACGCUCACCGGGCGCUGGUCUUCGCCAUCGCCCGUGGGGGCAACAUGAGCCAGGCGAGGGCGGUGGCUUUCAUGGAUGGUAUGCGCGCGUCGGGCAGGUACCACCUCGACGUCUGGGGGGUCAUCAAGCAGGGCGGGAAACACCACCCGCUGGAGAACUGGUCCAAGCCGUGGCUGAGUUUCAUGCAGGGUACAAGCGAGGACGGUGAGUUCUGAGGCGCAUAGCUCGUCGUCCGCGCUUGAGCGAGAGCGAUGAGCAUUGUGGUCGCAAGGCGUCCUAGUGGGGUCGGGAGGACUCGAUAUCUCGAUCGGGGGGAUGCAUGCCAUUGUGCGCAGGCCGGGGAGUACGCGCAAGGCGUCCGACGACAACUCUGCAUGCCAAUUUUCUACCGUCCGCACACGUUUAAAAGUGCGAGACAUCGGCCGCCACGAAACUUCUGUCACAAAGUGUCCGAGCGUCCUUGCGCGGUCGACGCGCGCCGAGUGAACGUACAUUUGAGGCCCGACCACAAGGAACCCUCCGAACCCUGUGCACCCAAUUACGCCUGCGGGCUCCCGGAACCUCAUGAUCCCCUUGAGCGGCGAUGGCAGAAUUACUCCUCUUGCCAAUUAGGGCUCGAAGCCUCUGGGCCGACGCGCGUCGCGGUACGGGCGUGUACCGGUCGCGGCGGGCCUCCCUGGUGCCGUGCCUCGGUAUAUCGAUCGAGCACGCGCAGUCUCUAGGUCUGCGUGGGCCGCACUAAUGUCAUGUUGCCGCCUGGGCUCACUGCUGCCCCGAAGGCACGACAGUUGUGAUGCACAUUCAUCGCCGUCGCAGAUGACAUUUUGCAAUCCUGCAGCAGGCGCUGUAUAGCGCACCCACAGUUGCAGCAGGCGCAGUAUAGCGCCCACCAUUUUCGGCUCCUCGAGGGCGGGGCGGCGCGGCCCUCCCUGCGGAAGAUACGGUGCCCUCGUUUGCACUCCUCCAUGGCACUGCUGCUCAGGCUGUCUCAGUCCGAAGUCAAGCUCCUUUGCCGAGAGGCAGGGGUUGGGCGCCGCUCGUCCCUCCCCCGCUCCUCUCGCCUUUCCCGCUCAGCUGGGCCGUCUGGCCUCUCCUAGGAG